UGUUGAGAUCGCUAACAGAAUGAUGGCCCACCAGAGAGUCACUGUGUAUAUACUGGGCUGGGUCGGGAACUGGCAGUAGGAAGAGAAUAUCGGCAACAGACUUGGUCCGACGUUUGUGUCCUCUUUACAGACCCCUGUGGAUCUCUUACUCGGUGCGGUACAAGCCAUGUCUCAGCCUCAAUCUGAAGAGGAGGAAAUGGCCAAGAAAAAUCGUCCUGAGAUGAAAGAGGAGGACUUGAUUGAAGCCAGAGAAAAACUAGCGUCCAAGCCUGAACUGAGGGGUAAAACCUUUGAGGUCAUGAAGGAGUGUGAGCAAAUGGGGAAGGUUGCACCCUCCGUGUUCAGCAGUUUACGCUCUGGAGGGGAGACUGCUAUCCAGAAACCACCGGCCCGAAGAAAGUAGACUUCUGGAAUAGGGGAAAAGCUAACAGGCUGACUGAAUUUAUGCUAAGCUACUUUUUUUUUUUUUUUUGUAAAGGGCUGGCUUUGUGUUAGCGUAUUUUCACUAGAUUACACUUUUCCCCCCAUUAAUGGUUGUGUUCGCACUGAAUAAAUGUAGCAGAGAUGGUCUUUUGUAGUUUGCUCUGAAUAAAAACAUGCUCUGGGUGUGGCAUUUUGGUUGUUAAAUGAGCUAC